AACCAAAAGUAAGUAGAGGUCGAGAAGAAAAAGAAAAAAUGACCUUAUAAAACAUGGAUAACUUUGUCACAACAUUGAACAUGCUUGUCUCCUAUCUAUAAAAUUCGGUUUCUCCAAUAGAACCUCGUACGCUCAAGCCUGUCUUCUCUUAAUGGAAGAGAGCAAAGGAAGAGUAUGUGUCACAGGUGGUACUGGCUUUAUUGGUUCCUGGAUCAUCAAGGUACUACUUGAAGAUGGCUAUUCUGUUAAUACUACCAUUAGAUCUUACCCAGAACACGUGAAAGAUGUGAGCUUCCUCACAAAUUUGCCAGGAGCAUCUCAGAGGCUACAAAUUCUGAACGCAGACCUAAACGACCCAGAAAGUUUCAAGGAAGCCAUUGAAGGGUGCAUUGGAGUAUUCCAUGUGGCUACUCCAGUAGAUUUUGAGGAAAAGGAACCUGAGGAGAUUGUGACCAAGAGAUCCAUUGAUGGGGCAUUGGGAAUUCUGAAGGCAUGCCUCACUUCAAAAACUGUGAAGAGAGUUGUUUACACUUCCAGUUCCUCUGCUGUUGCUUUUAUUGGCAAAGGCGAUGAAGUGAAGGAUGAGAGCUUCUGGAGUGACGUGGAUUUACUUAGAACUUCAGAGACAUACGGAUGGUCCUAUGCAGUUUCUAAGACAUUGACAGAAAAAGCUGUGCUUGAAUUUGGAGAACAAAAUGGAUUAGAUAUUGUGACUCUGAUUCCCACUUUUGUUGUUGGACCAUUCAUUUGUCCUAAGCUUCCUGGCUCUGUUGGUUCAAUACUCUAUUUUUUAUUUGAUAAGAAGGACCCAUUCAGUUAUCUGCAAAUACCUGUGGUUCAUGUUGAUGACGUGGCAAGGGCACACAUAUUUCUGCUUGAACAUCCCAAUCCCAAAGGGAGAUAUAAUUGUUCUACGUGUUUGGCAAUCAUUGAAGAAGUGUCUGAAGUUGUGUCUGCUAAAUACCCAGAAUUUCAAAUGCCAACCAUAGAUUCCUUAAGAGAAAGCACAAGCUUGAAAUUUCCAGAUCUCUCAUCUAAUAAGCUCAUAGAUGCUGGAUUUGAGUUCAAGUAUGGACUUGAGGAAAUGUUGGUGGACGCAAUUGAAAGUUGCAAAGAGAAGGGUUAUUUGUAGAGCUACAAUAAAAUGUGUUAUCUGUCAAAAUAUGAUAUAUGGAAGGUGUUUUAAUUGUAUUUUUAGCAUGUGUGUGUGAUUUUAAAUUAAAUUGCGUGAAAAAUUUAUCGUUAUAUAUGAACACUAUGAAAAUAUGAAGUGUUUUGUUUCAACAAAAUAUGAGUAAGAUUUGCAUUA